GUCACGGUCGAAAAUUAUUCAGUUCACCAAUUUUUACGUCUUUGUAUCUACACGCAAUCUUCAAUAACUCAACAUGUCUGGACGCGGAGGAAAAGGCGGAAAAGCACGAAGCAAGGCCAAAAGCCGAUCAGCCCGAGCAGGACUUCAGUUCCCAGUUGGUCGUGUUCAUCGUUUCCUUCGCAAGGGAAACUACGCAGCUCGUGUUGGAGCUGGAGCCCCAGUCUACCUGGCUGCCGUGCUCGAGUACUUGGCAGCUGAGAUCCUCGAGCUGGCUGGCAACGCCGCACGCGACAACAAGAAGUCCCGCAUCAUCCCCCGUCACUUGCAGCUUGCUGUCCGUAAUGACGAGGAGUUGAACAAGCUUCUCAGCGGAGUGACCAUCGCACAGGGAGGUGUGCUGCCCAACAUCCAGGCCGUCCUUCUCCCCAAGAAGUCUGCUGCUGCCAAGAAGAGUGGAAAGAGCAGCCAGAGCCAGGAAUAUUAAAUUCUUCCUGUGCCCACCAUCUAACCCGGCCCUUUUCAGGGCCAUCA